AUGGUGAACCAGGCAACACUAGCAGAGGCUAUUUUCUAUGGGGUCUCCUUCCUGGCUGAUGUGCUGAAACUAAUUAAGAAACUGCGAACUGUUAAGUACGUAAUUUCCUGCAGAGACCUUCUCUUCAGUGUUGGGGCUUUCCCUGUGGCCACAUUUGUGUUUGUAUCCUUCUGGACGUUGUAUAUUUACAACAGGGAGCUGGUUUACCCCAAGAGCCUCGAUGGGAUCAUACCAAUGUGGUUAAAUCAUGCAGUGCACACUGCUAUAGUUGUGUUAGCUCUGCUGGAGAUGAUUGUUACACCUCACCAUUACCCUCCAAAGAAGAAAGGACUGACUCUAUUAGGAUUUGUCUCCAUCGCCUACAUCAGUUGGGUCCUGUGGAUUUACCGGGCAACUAAACAGUGGGUAUAUCCUCUCUUCGGUUUGUUCAGCCCAGUGUUCCUAGCAGCCUUUUUCGCUGGUAGCAUCAUCUUCAUACUAUGUAUCUACACCUUUGGAGAGCUCCUGAACCAUGUGAUUUGGGGUCAGUUCACUUUUUUCUUUCUACUUGUAAUCAAAGGGUAA